CAAAAUCAGAAACCAGAGGAGUAGAAAGCGGAGCAAGAGGAUAAGAGGGAAACAGUCUUUGUUUCGGAGGAAUUUGAGGAGUUUGCGGGAAAAAAGAACGGGAAAAAACUAGAUUCCAGUGAGUUAUUGGGAGCUUUUUGAACCUUCUUCAAGUUUUAGAACUGAGUAGCUGGGAGUGCGGCAUAAAUAUUCGUCGAUCGUCUUGGAUUUGUAGCUUGACUUCCACGAUUAGGUAGCCAAGUGCUGGUUCUUUGCUAGUUAAGAUGGGAAGUAGAGCUCUGCUUGUGCUCAAAGCUGCUUCUACGCCUAACUGUCAUAUCUUCCAUCCCAAAAUCAAAACCAGAGGCCUCGGCUUCUCUUCAUCAACAUUCCACUUUUUCUUUAAGUACAGUUUUAGAAAUUGCUCAUCAACAACAAGAAGGUAUUCUCUUCAACCGCCAGAUGUGCCCUGUCUAGCUGAAACUGCAAGAAUUUCUCUUAACCCAAAUGAGGUGGAAGAAUUCGCUCCCAAAAUUCGACAGGUUGUUGACUGGUUUGGUCAACUUCAAGCAGUUGAUCUUAGCAGUGUUGAGCCCGCCAUUAGAGCAGACACCGAGGGCGAUAAUUUCCGUGGUGAUCUUCCUGAAACAUUUGAGAACAGGGAGGCCAUGGUAGCUUCUGUUCCAAGUUACGAAGAGCCUUAUAUUAAAGUUCCAAAAGUGUUGAAUAAAGAGUGACCUACUUGGAUAAGCUGAGAUACAAGUUGGUUCAAGGAAGGGCUUCAGAGAAAAGAUAUUGCAGCAGUUUAAAAGAACAGUCACCUUUGCCACCGGAAGAAGGUAAAAUCAUUGCUGGGGGACUUGGGGGGAUCGUGUUAGGAAAAGAGUCUUUUGUAAUGUGUUGGUUGUUUUUCUGCAUUGAGAUUGAAUCAAACGUGUAUUGAAUUGCAUACAUAAUGCACAAAAUUUUUGGAGAGGAAUUCAAUCCCCCAUUCAGUCU